AUGCAUUACAGACACAAUGCGGAGCUCAGAGUCCUAGCAUGCAUUCAUAGGCCAGAUGCCAUUUCUGCUAUAACAAAACUACUUGAAGUCAUGUGCCCAACUAGUGAAAGGCCUGUUGUUGUUUUUGUGCUUCACCUUAUCGAGUUAAUUGGUCGAGCCUCUCCUAUUUUUAUUUCCCACCAAAUGCAAAAAAAGACUAUGUCCAAUAACAGCUCUUAUUCGAAGAAUAUCAUUCUCGCCUUAAAUCACUUUAAACGACACAAUUCAGGUGUUGUAUCAGUAAACGUCUUCACAACAAUCUGUCCACUCAUGUUCAUGCACGAGGACAUAUGCAUCCUUGGAUUAGACAAACUCACAUCCCUCAUAGUACUCCCGUUCUACCGAAAAUGGUCCAUUGACGGUCUUGUGGAAUCAGAUGACAAUACCAUUAGGACCUUAAAUUGCAGUGUGCUUGAACUAGCCCCUUGCUCUGUUGGGAUACUUGUUGAUCGUGGUCAUUUAGGCCGCUCAACGGUUUCAUCAAAGUCAUCCUAUUCUGUUGCCAUGAUCUUCUUAGGAGGUAAUGACGAUCGAGAGGCAUUGACUUUUGCCAAACGCAUGGCCAAUAAUAGGAAUAUCACCUUGACUAUGGUUCACUUUGUUGCCGUUAGCGAUGACGUUGAUUCCCAUUGGGACAAAUUACUUGACAAUGAGAUACUGAAGGAUGUUAAACUUAAUAACGUGGGUGAUGAAUAUGUGAUAUACUUAGAGGAGAUGGUGAAAGAUGGGCCUCAGACGGCAUUGAUAGUUCGGUCUUUGGUGGACGAGUAUGACCUUAUUAUUGUUGGUAGAUGGCAUAAUGUAGAGUCUCCGCAGACAUCAGGGCUUGCAGAAUGGAGUGAAUUUCCAGAGCUGGGGAUUAUUGGAGACUUGCUCACCUCAUCUGAUCUUGACAGUAAAUCUUCUGUUUUGGUGGUCAUGCAACAACAACAGAUUGAUAGUUAA